UUGAUGAUUAUUGCAAAAUGGAGCUCGCAUUUCAAGAACAGUAUGAAAAGACCAUGCCUCUUGCCUGGCAACACAACAAGGACCUUGGUGACUGUAUGGUAGAGCUGUAUGACAAAAGACUGUGGACAGAUGUCAAGUUGCGCUGCAAGGAUCAUGAUGAAAACGAAAGAAUUCAUGCGCAUAAAAUAGUUCUAGCAGCAAGAAGUCCAGUCUUCCAGGCGAUGUUUUUCGGUGCUUGUACCAAUGGGAAAGAUGAAGUUCAACUUGACAACACAGAAUCGAAAAUACUUGAUUUAUUUCUAAGGUAUAUCUACAGUGACACGGUGGCCUUAACCGAGGAAAAUGCUUCUGCAGUGCUAGAGAUUGCUCACUACUACCAAGUCACAAACCUAGUACAGUUCUGCGCUGACUAUCUCGCUACACUUAUAACACCAGUAAACGCUUGUGAAAUUUUAACUCUUGCUAUGUUUUAUAAAGUAACGACUCUCCGUGAUGCAUGUUGUACUAUUAUUGACAGAAAUGCAGACGAAAUUCUGAAGUCUGAAGGCUUCUUAGAAUUAACAGAAGAAUGUCUGACAUAUAUCUUGAAAGGAGACACAUUCUACGCAGAUGAAGAUAACAUAUUUAUCAAGUCUGAAGAAUGGUCAAAGAGAAAAAUAGAAGAAAUUUCUCAGGAAAAGAUUGGUCGUGAUAUCAGAAAAACUCUUGGUGCAUCAUUUUUUUACUUGAGACUUCCAACAAUGACAUUUGAGAUUUUAAUGAAGUGUACACGCAAGAAAGGCUAUUUAACAUUUGAGGAAUAUGAGGACAUUGUUGAAUUCAUCAACAAAUUUCCUGCUUCGUCAGUGAAAAGCAAUUCGUGUGUGGCAAGACUGCAAAGGGAGGAAACAAUGACUUUAAAUGGUGAGGACGGGAAAACAAAUGUAUAUGACAAUAUAGAUACAAAGUUUGAAAUUUCGGUAUCCAGAGAUGUCAAAUUGACACAUUUUGUUGUUAGGGAAAUCUGCAAGUAUUUGAAAUACAAUAAGCUGCUUUAUACUGAUGAAAACUGUCCUGAUAUAUCAUUUAAAAAAGACGUUUUCUUUGCUCAGAAUAAAAACAAACCGUUGAAAUUUAAAUAUAAUUGGUUUGAAACGAUAGAUGUCAAAGAGCUAAAAGCUGCUCAUGGAGAAGAUUUAUCAGAUAAACUUGACACUGUUAUAUCGGGUACUUUCAAGGUUACAGGUAGGAGAUCCAAAACAAUACUCAGAGGCAAGAGUAAAAGAGUUCUAAAACUACACGAAGAGGAAAGCACAGCCGGAAAUGGAGAACCACUCGAGGAAGUAUGUCAAGAAGAAGAAGAAGGAGAAGAAGAUGCUGACGGUGCAGUAUAUAGUAAAAAUGAGGAGCUGAUCUUUGAACAGGAUUUCCAGUUGCAGUCUGCAGAUGCUACCUGUAGAAGAAUUGACCUAAGACAGCCUUUGACAUUGACAAAGGAUGCUUCGCCAUAUAUAAUUGAAACAACAAUGCACUACGGUUGCACAAGUGGAGUCAAAAUGAAGACACGCUGUAGCAACACAAAAACUGCAAGAAGCAAGUUUGGACAAAUACAAGUACAGGACAUAGCAGGUCAGUUUGCUGGAAUCAAAAGCAUAGGAUUUGAAAACAUUUCAAAUCGAUAGGAUGUCAAAGAAAUUAAUACAAAAGUAGUUACUCAACUGGUGACAAGGCGGCUAUUGUAUCAGCAUCAAAGGAUUAGAGUGACUAUAACCAAAGGCGUGGAUUGCUUACUACUUGAUCAUUAUGAAAAUAUAAUUUGAAUCUAUUCAAGCAUACAGUAGAAUGUACAACACGAGUUUUCGGUUAUGAAAGGAGACUUCAAUUGAUUUGAGACUAUUGCGAUUUUAUAAGUCUACGAUUAUAUCUGUGCUAUGCAUACGCUUCGUGCUUUUUAUUAUAGAUAUUUGCUCGCUGUAAAUGUUAUUUUGUACAUAUUUUAAAAGUAUCCAUUCAGAACAUGUAACUGUACAUUGCAAUAAUGAUUUCUGUUUUCUGGGUUUAAUUAUGCAUGUUUAAAAUUUGGAAAAUCACGUGUAAAAAGUUCAAGUAGAUACAUUUGCAUGCUAUUUUGAAAUUUCUUUUCAUGUAUUAAGGUAGUUCUGCAGGUUUGGAUCGAAUUUUUUUCUACAAUGUAGAAUUUAAUUAAACUCUGAUUUUUCAAAACUUUAGAAUAUAUCUAGAAAGUUCAGCAAAUAAAAAAGAUAGGGUCAUGUGCUUGAUUUUGUGCUAGACUGAUUAAAAAAAUUUGGACCUCACACAAUAUUUUAUAAUGGGAGUUUAUGGGAAAAUCAUACAUUUUAUAACAUUUUCGGGAAUAAAAAUUGUUCUACAAUGUAGAUUUUGAUGAAACGUCUCACAGUUGUAAAUAAACAUAUGGCCUAUAAUUUGGUGAAAUAAAAUGUAUAGGUCCGUGUGCUUAUUUUUGAGAUAUUUGACCAUAAUUAAAGCGAACCGGACAUUUCACGCUAAUUUUAAGACAUUAUUCUGAAAUUUUUAACGUGUCAUAUGUUUUAAUAUCAUAUUUUGACUUAAGAAAUAUAGCAAUAGUGUCAUUGCAAGAAAUGUACUCACAGGUUUCGAUUAAUUCAUAAAAUGAUUUUCAUUCCGUACGCCGAAUCCAGGCUUUAUUCUACGUUUUCCGGAUAAAUGACGUUACGCCAUCACUUCCGGUAUAUCAAACGUGCAGAACUACCUUAAACCAGAAAACAGAGAACCAUCAUUAAUUAUUACAACAGCUUUAACUGAGAAAUUCGGUUCCUUCAGUUUGUAUAUGCUUUUGUUGUGAUCUUUUUUUUUCUGAUGAGAAUUAGUGUAUAUCAAUGUAGAGGGUCCCACCACCAGAUAUUUUAUAUAAUUUUCAUUGAAUCAGAAAUGACGGGUUUGUUUUGAAGUCUUAGACGACAGGUUCGAAAACACCGGGACAAGGCCAAAGUCACAUGGGCCUGACUUGACUUAUAUAUAUAUUAUUUCUUUUCCGGACAGUCAGGAAAUAUUUCAUUUGAUGUACGGUUUAGCAUACUUUUUAUAACAACUCAAAUUAAUUCUUACCACUAGGUAUUAUAUUGUUCUUGGAGCCAAUAGCUCAACAAAAAAGGUCACAGGAACUUGUAAUAAUUUUCCUGUUUUAGUUAGUUGUUAAAAUGAUCGACUUGGAUUCUGCAAGUAACUGCCAACUUCUCUACAUCAAUAAGAGGCGGACACAUGAUUUUCGACAAAAUUUAUUUGAUCAAUUGUCACGGAAAAAGUCCGAUUCAAUUUAUAACAUGUAAUAUACAUUUAAAGUAAAUUAAUAAGAAUAAGAUCAAUAUUGGAUGGGCCGACAGUCCUAGCUGUUUGCUGAAACUGUAUUUUCGUUGACAGAAAUCCAUUCACCGCAUAAACUAUCAAAAAGACAAACAUUUAGUCUAGAAACUUGUAGAAAUGUUAAGAAGAGAAGCUAAAUUAGUCCUUAUUAAUAUGACGCAGCUUGGAGCAUAUAUUUCCAUUUGUAUGGUUUUCAGAAAGAACUAAGCAAGGACGCCAGAGAACCUGUUUCUAAAUCAUGCAGAAUGAAAAUAUUAAAUGGGUUGGCGUUGAUUGUGUACAAUGACGAAAACAAAUAAGUUAAUUUAGAUUUAGUCGGUCUCUUUUAAGCAUCAUUUUUUGACACUGUUCACUUCACAUUUCUUAUAUUCUGUUAAAAGAAGUAUUUCAAGCUUCCGAACAAAAUGGCUUAUUACAAAAUGUUUGCUUACUAAUAGAAAUGUUUAUUGUAGUGUUUUUUUAAUAACAUUUUGUAAUCAUACCCUUUAAUAUGAAAUUCAACGUAUUUAUAAAACUGAUCAGUUCUUUUGAUUUCUAUAUAACUUCUAGUUUUAUAUUUCCGUUUGAUAAAUUUUGAGAUAUUAAACAACAAUUUGAACCAAAAGACAAGUUUUUAAUUGGAAGGUGAUUAAAUCACCUUCUCUAUGUAACCGUGCAGAAUUUAAUCAGGAUUAGACUGUCUUACAACUACUUCGUAUCUAUCCGCUGUACAAUAUAGUUCAAUGCGGAAUAAUUUACCACAUCUGACGACAUUAACAGACCGGAAAAAUUGGCCUACUAUAUCACCAUAUUUGAGGCAUCCGUGGACUUGAUCACAAACUUAAAAGUACUCAUGCCCAGUAAAAAUAGUUCAACAUACUUUGAAAAUAUACGAAUGGCGCAGUAAUUUACUACGAAUCAUGCCUUUACUUCACAUCUUUUUACUUUGGAGGCAGCUGUCAGUGUCAAAUUGGCCAUGGUCAAAUUUACAAAUAAGAUGCAAUUUACGGAUUGAAGUGUAUAUUUGUAAUUGAAAAUAAUUGCUAGAAUUGAAGUUUCUGUGGCAAGAAUUGAGUUUCAGUUAUUGAUAAAAAGUUAGUUGAGUAUCCUUGAUCUUGAAAUUUGACGUGCAGACUAACAGAUGCGAGUACAUACCUUCGUUGAGCUAGCUUAAAUUGGAGCUGUCAUUAUAGCUGGGGCCUCGGGAAAAUUGGUACAGAUGGCACAUAUAU